AUGGCCCGAAAGCGGCGAACAACCCUGCCUGUUCCCGUAGGAUACAUGCCGGUCGAGAAUGGCAUGAAUGAGAAGUUGCAUGUCACGAACAAGAAACCGAAUGCCGCGAAGGAGAAGUCGAAUGCACCUUCCCAGAAGCCUCGUGGAUCGCGGUCAACCACUCACCCCCCAAAAAAUCCCUCCACUCGGUUCAAUACCCUUUUCGCGCUGGCACUAUUGCCUGUCCUCUGUUUGCCUAUCAUCCUAGUGUUCUGGGGCUUUCAAGCCUUCUUCCGCGUCCUGACAAUGCCAAUCCGGAUUCCAUACAAGAUCCCAAUUGUCAUCUAUCUCACGUGCGCCAUCUUCCUUGGCGCAACCGCGAGUUUAUUCGUGGGGAGCCUAACUGUGCUUUUCGCCAGGUGCCUCGGUUGCAUCUGCCCUUGUUUGCGCCGCCGGCAGCGGAAGCGACCGAGUCAGCCUGCCACCAAACCACUCUUUCCUCCGAAGCGACACGCCGCGUCGGCCGUCACCUGGUCCUCGGAUGAAAGCGGAGACCUGCCCGGGCCACUCAUCCCGCCGCCGCGGAGGUUCCACGGGCCCACGAUCAAGGAGGCAAAGCCCAAGCCUGCAUCAAAGGCGAAGAAGGCGACGGGACCUCCAACGACGGGACCCUCGACAUGGUCCCGGGACUCGCGGCAUAGGACGCAGCAGUCGGCCAAAGUCAGAGUGGAAGACACCAUCCAUGAAGAGUCGUCGUCGCUGUCUGACGACCGGCCGAAACGGAAUAGGUUUUGA